AUGUAUGGGUACCAUGUGAUUUUCAACAGCAGCUACGAUAUCGUGAAGACGUCCGUAGCUGGUGCCCACAAACUAGUAUCCGCUCAUGAGUUCAGGAUUGUUGAUGGUAAAACUGUCUUGAUUGAGACCCCGAUAGCUAAGCCUGUGGGCCUUAACCCAUGGGGUGGAAAGAAUGGUCAGGACUGGAUAGUAUCUGGUGGCUUUCAAGAGCUUGAUGUAGAGACGGGUGAAGUUUUGUUCGAUUGGGAGAGCCUUGAUUACAUUGAUCCCAAGUACAAUGCCUUGCCGUUAGCAGAAGCCGGUGCUGGUGCCGGUUACAAUACUUCCGAUGCGUGGAACUAUUUUCACAUUAACAGCGUGGAAAAGAAUGAUGAAGGUGACUAUCUCAUCUCUGCACGCAACUAUGCUGCUGUUUUCAAAAUCAACGGCACCUCUGGCGAUGUCAUCUGGCAACUUGGUGGGCUGCACGGCGGUUCUUCAUUCGAGGUCCACCCUGAUGCAAAGUUCGCGUUCCAACAUGAUGCACGAUACCUGUGGCGUUCAGAAGAUGGCACAAUCGAAGCCAUCUCCUUAUUCGACAAUGCAGCCCACUCGGCGGGCGUCCAGAUCAACCCCUUUUCUCGUGCCCGCAUCAUCCAGCUCAACCACACAGCCGGGACGGCCGUACCGUUGCGAACUUUCCCUGCUCCAGAUAGCUUAUCUGCAUGGUCUCAGGGUAACGCACAGGUUCUCUCCAACGGCAACGUGUUUGUCAACUGGGGUCAAGCUGGUGCCAUCACCGAGUUCGCCGACGAUGGCACUGUUUUGUUUCACUCUUACCUGGACUCACUGCCCGAAGGGAAAUUGGUUCAGAGUUAUCGUGGGUUCCGCUUCAAUUGGACAGGAAUUCCCAGCGAAGCACCUGCGCUUUUCGCAGUCAAAGAAAAAGGCUCUGUUGACCUGUUUGUGUCUUGGAAUGGUGACACUGAGACAUCACAUUGGCUGUUCUAUGCUAGUGAAGGAAGUGUUGGAUCAUGGACCGCCCCAAAGCAACAAAGAUUGUUGAAGAAAGUGGACCGAACGGGCUUCGAGACACAUCUGCGAAUCAACGCAGAAGCUAUUUACACGAGUGAAAGGGCGGUUCUUGCCGAGGCAAUCGAUGAGAGCGGCAAGGUCCUCGCCCGGACGGCGCCAGUCUCGAUUCUGGACAACAUUCCCACUGUUCUGUUCAUCAAUGAGGCCCUUGUGAAACAUACCUUUCUAUCUAUCAUAACCUCCCUGCCCUGUGGGCUAUUCGAAGCGAACAUGGAUGACCAAUUCAACGGCAGAACAGACGACGAUCUAUUCGCCGACGACUUCGAGCCCGUCGCAGCUACCGAGCCAGUGCAGCAAGAGCAAGCACAACCAAAGGCUGCUGAACCUCGGGAGCCGACUCCAGAUGCUCCUGCGAGCUUAGAUCAGAACCCGGCGCCAGAGCAAACAGAGACGCAGCCGCCCGCUACCACAGCUGCUCCCCCACCUCCCACAGCCCCGAGGUCCCUGGCACAAUCACGACACAACAAGCCACAGUCUUCGAACAAUCAUCGCCAACCUCGUCAAAACCACCAGCAGAAUCAGCAGAGCCAGCCCACUACUGCGUCUUCAGCUGCCGCUCCGGCUCCUGCUACAACCACCCAGCCGACUACCAAUGGACCGCCGUCUGCGCCGGCGCCGCGCGAGAAGUCCGAUCCCAAUGCUCGCCUGGGAUCCGGCGCCAACCCGCGGACGAAGUUGACUGAGGAGGAGUUGGCUAGUAAAAUGGAGAAGAUGCGGAUCCUGGCCGCCGAGAAGACGAAGCGCUUCGAGCAGGCAGAGCGCGACGAACGUGAUCAUGCCAUUGCUUACGAGCGCGGAAUGGAGGCCGCGCGGAAACGCAAGGCUGAAGAGGCGGAGAAGCGGCGCAGAGCGGACGAGGACAGGCGGCGCAUGGAUGAUGAGCGCGCUAAGAAUCGUGAGCGCAAGCUCAAGGCUAUGGGCAUGAAGGAGGGCGGCUGGGACGAGGGCAAGGAGGAGCGAGAGGCCGAAGAGGAUAGACGCCAGGGCGGGUACAAUUUCAGAGGAGCUCACGGUGGUAUUCGGGGCUCCAGAGGUGGUGGGCUUGCAGGCAGCAAGUUUGCGACUGCGGAGGACACAGAGUUCUUCCAGAGCGAACCCAGACCGCGUGGCCGGGGUCGGGGCCGUGGGGGACCUGUUCGUGGCCGUGGUGGUCGUGGCGGCUUCGAGGGCGAAAGAAAUGGCGACGCGAAAGAAGACGGAGUGCCGCGCAACGGUGCUAAGUCCGCAAAAGCGCAAGCUGUUCCGUCCUCGGAAGAAUUCCCAGCCUUGCCCUCGUCAGGGGAGAAGAAGACUGCCCCAGCCACCACCUCGGAGCCGCAGCCAUUCUCACCACUGUCACCUUCAACUGGCAAGUGGGACGAUGAGAUGGCUGCUCUUGAUGCGAAAACUGAAUGA